AGGCAUUAAAUUUGUUUUUACUUCUUAUUAAUUAUUCAUUGGUAUUUACGAAAAGUAAUGAAGCGUGAGGUUGGAAGUUGGCGCGUAUUGUUGAAAGCGUACCAACUGCUGACCGCAUUAAAAAAGCAAGGAAUAUCCUACAAUAAAAAAGAACAUGGUAAAGAGGUUUGUGAUAAAUACGAUGCUCUUAAUUACGAAGAGGACAAGGAAAACCAUGCCUCUGGACACUCAAAGGAAGGACUGUCAACAGUAACGUCUACAUUUUUUGUUGUUGGAGAUGUAGUCGGUGCAGGUGUUGUUGCUUUACCAUAUGCAUUAAAGUUAGUAGGAUAUUAUGGCAUACCGAUGUUUAUGCUCUGUUCAGCACUUAUGUGCUACUGCGGUAUCCUUUUAGCUAAGUCUUGUUCAAAAAUUAUGAAAAACAUUGAUCGCACUCAACUUAGAGAUCCAUAUCCUCGCUUGGGUUACGAAGCUAGUGGAAAUGUUGGUAAAGGUAUUACCACAGUCUCGCUUGCUAUUAAUCAAGUUUUAACCUGCAUUGUUUUUAUUCUAUUAGCAGGGGAGAUUCUGUUGGAAUUAUUUCCUUCUUCGCCUUGGGAUCAUAUGUCGUACCGAUCACAAUUACGCAUUUGGUUUUGUUCAUGCGGUUUGUUUUUGCUUCCGUUUACGUUUCUAGGUACACCUAAAGAUUUCCAGGGUAUUGGCUUUCUUGCUAUGGUUACAAGCGGUAUCGCUGUACUACUUAUAUGUCUUAUGUUAGGUUAUAUUUCUGGUUUUCCUGUGGAAAACGAUAAAAAUAUAAAAAUAUCAGGUGACGGGUUUCUUCAUUCUUUUGGUACCGUAUUGUUUGGUUUUGGAGGAGUUUCUAUAUUUCCAACAAUCCAAAACGAUAUGAAAAAACCAGAAAACUUUGUAUAUUCUAUUACAAUUGGCUAUACAAUAAUCUCUUUUAUAUACAUUGGGACUCCUCUAGCUGCAUAUAUAGUUCUCGGGGAUUUAAUUAAAGAAGACCUUCUUACAACGUUCACUUAUUUAGAUUUAUUUUAUACAAGACAUUUAUUCAGGACAUUUUGUAUGGCUGCCCAGGCUUGCAUAUGCGGUCACGUAUUAUGUGCGUUUGUUUUGAACAUAAAUCCUAUUUAUCAACAAUUUGAAGGAAUUAUAGGGAUACCAACCACAUUUUGCUGGCAACGUGUUUUAAGCCGAACACUCUGGAUGUUCGCUAUUUUGACAACAGCAGUAGUAGUGCCCGCAUUUGGACCUGUUUUGUCAUUUGUAGGCGGAUCUUUUGCAGCUUUACUUGGAAUUAUAUUACCAGUAGUGUUUUAUGCCCGAAUUCAUGGAAAACUACCGCUAUGGAACGAGAUUCUUUUUGUUAUAAUAAUUAUAAUUGCAUUACUAGGUUCUGUUGGCAAUGCAUAUGUUGAAAUCAAAAACAUUAUAAACGUUGUGUUUGACAAGUAUCAUCAUACUUAGAAUAAAAAUAACGUUCAGCAUCCCGAUAAAUAAACUCCAAAAACUUACACUUUUGAUUGAUCAUGUAUCUAUAUAUGAAUGACCAUUAGUUUCCUUAAAGCUAAACAGUAAUAUAAAUUUAUAGCUAAAGGAUAUUCAAGAUUAAGCCUAAGCUUGUUUUAGCUGCAUUAUUUGGUGCAUUUCAAGUCCAAUCUAAUUAAAUUAGAAUGUACAAUUCAAACCUAAACCAAUUCAUUAAGACUUGCAACUCAAUUCAAUUGCUUUAGGAUGUGCAAGAUUAAGUAUAGAUUGCAAAAGGCGAUUAGCUUUAAAACGAGCGAGAUUGAGUCUAGAUUGCUAAAAACAACAAAUAUAUAAUACUCUAUUUUCAGUGAUCAUAAAAUAUUAUCUAUUAGUACAAUAGAUUUGUUAUAAUAUACUUAAUAUAUGACAUUUAUCUGUAAUAAAUGAAUGAAUAAAUAAACAAUAAAUGAAUAAGAAACAAUGUUGUAAAAAACAUUCAAUAAUAAAACGUAUGCUCAUAGUUUUUCUAUCAGUUUGUAAACUUAUUUUUAUAUACUAAAUUUUUUAAAUU